UGCAAUCUUGGACGCUGGGGAACGUGUAGGUGCGUCUUGUAAGGACGUUAGCUCGAUCAUACGUCGCUAUGAACCCGCAUUAACGAGCCCUGACGAAAAACGCAGCGAUGCGCGCGAUCCUAGCCCUGCUGCUCAUGGUGAGCCAAGCUGCAGCCCUGCAGACGCCAGGCCGCAGCGCGUUGCGGCUAAGGGGAGGAUCCGACGAAGUGGUCCAGCAAGAGCAGACCAACGCCACGAGGUCGGACUACGUCGUCAAGGGCACCAUCGGCGCCGCCGGCACGGGCGCGCUCGUCUGGGGUGCGAAAGCAACACUCAAUUUCUUGGGACGGCGGCGCGCUGCAGAAAGGCGGCGCGCGCGGAGCAUUGCCGUGCGCGCGCGGCGUUUCUUACGAAGCGGCCUCGCCUUCACGAAAACGGUCUCGACACGCGGGAAGACGGUCGCGGCGCACUGCACAACGCGCUGCACAACGCUGGGCGCGCGCGCGUGUGCACCACUGUAUGAUUGCGCGUCGACGUACGCCGCGCGGAGCUGCCUUCUUACGUUGCGGGUGGCCGAGUUCAACAACCGCACCGCGUCGCGCUUGUUUGCUUUCAUCAAUACACCAAUAAAACCGGCCACGGCCCGGAGCCAACUGAAAGCUGUAUUACGACAAGAAUUGAGGAUGCGCCCUUCAUUAUUGAGGGACGCUCGAAAAGGUAAAUUGGCCCUCGACGACGCUUGUUUAGAGAGAUAUCUGGCUGCGGCGAAAUGGAGCUUAGAUUUUCCCGAUAGACCCGUCGUCGACGCCAUCGGCGCCACGGCGGCCUGGCGCGCUUCCACAGUUGCCGCGCGCGCGCCCGACUCCAUUCGCGCAGAGCCGGCAUGGCGACGGUUUUUUUGGAGUGCUGGCGUGAAGACGCGGCGGAAAGAAGCGGUCCUCGUCCUGCACGCGAGGCACGCGGUGGAUGCGCCCCUCUCACAUUUGAUAAGAGUGAUAGAAGGAGGCUGUCGCUCUACACAACGCGCCUGUGUCGUCUUAGACGCGCGCGGCGCGCCGUCCUCAUCAUUAUUUGACGUCGCGAAGAAGAUGCAGAAGGCUUUACCGGUCUUCCAGGCGCACUACCCGGGGCGGUUGGGCCGCGUCGUCGUGUUGGAAGGUGGACGGCCCGUUUCUCUGAUAUGGGGCGUGCUCUCGAAGCUUUGUGAUGAGGAGGCGAAAGCUCGCAUCGCUUUCGUCGACUCGCUGGACCAAUUGGAUGCAAUUGUCAGUGUCGCCGAGCUGAACGGGCGAGAUGCGGUCUUCGCGGAGACGUCUAGGCUGGCUCAGGAAUCACAGGCGGAGGCGCCGCACACGCUCUACCUCUAAUAACACAUGUUUUACUAGUAUUCCGGACGCGUCGUCGGCGCGCGGGCGGACGCCGUCGACGCGACC